AUCGAGAACCUGGAGGACCUGAAGGGCCACUCGGUGCGCGAGUGGGUGAGCAUGGCCGGCCCGCGACUGGAGAUCCACCACCGCUUCAAGAACUUCCUGCGCACCCACGUGGACGGCCGCGGCCACAACGUCUUCAAGGAGCGCAUCAGCGACAUGUGCAAAGAGAACCGCGAGAGCCUGGUGGUGAACUACGAGGACCUGGCCGCCAGGGAGCACGUCCUGGCCUACUUCCUGCCCGAGGCGCCGGCGGAGCUGCUGCGCAUCUUCAGCGAGGCCGCCCUGGAGGUGGUGCUGGCCAUGUACCCCAAGUAUGACCGCAUCGCCAGCCGCAUCCACGUGCGCAUCUCCCACCUGCCCCUGGUGGAGGAGCUGCGCUCGCUCAGGCAGCUGCACCUGAACCAGCUGAUCCGCACCAGCGGGGUGGUGACCAGCUGCACGGGCGUCCUGCCGCAGCUCAGCAUGGUCAAGUACAACUGCAACAAGUGUGGCUUCGUGCUGGGGCCUUUCUGCCAGUCCCAGAACCAGGAGGUGAAGCCGGGCUCCUGCCCUGAGUGCCAGUCAGCCGGCCCCUUCGAGGUCAACAUGGAGGAGACCAUCUACCAGAACUACCAGCGCAUCCGAAUUCAGGAGAGUCCUGGCAAAGUGGCGGCCGGCCGGCUGCCCCGCUCCAAGGAUGCCAUCCUCCUCGCGGACCUGGUGGACAGCUGCAAGCCGGGAGACGAGAUAGAGCUGACGGGCAUCUACCACAACAACUACGAUGGGGCUCUCAACACCGCCAACGGCUUUCCCGUCUUCGCCACUGUCAUCCUAGCCAACCACGUGGCCAAGAAGGACAACAAGGUGGCCGUGGGCGAGCUGACUGACGAGGACGUGAAGAUGAUCACCAGCCUCUCCAAGGACCAGCAGAUUGGGGAGAAGAUCUUUGCCAGCAUCGCUCCUUCCAUCUACGGGCACGAAGACAUCAAGCGAGGCCUGGCUCUGGCUCUGUUUGGAGGGGAGCCCAAAAACCCCGGCGGCAAGCACAAGGUGCGAGGUGACAUCAAUGUGCUCCUGUGUGGAGAUCCCGGCACGGCCAAGUCUCAGUUCCUCAAGUACAUCGAGAAAGUGUCCAGCAGAGCCAUCUUCACCACCGGCCAGGGGGCCUCGGCCGUGGGCCUCACGGCAUAUGUCCAGCGGCACCCCGUCAGCAGGGAGUGGACCUUGGAGGCUGGGGCCCUGGUCCUGGCGGACCGAGGAGUGUGUCUUAUCGAUGAAUUUGACAAGAUGAACGACCAGGACAGGACCAGCAUCCACGAGGCCAUGGAGCAGCAGAGCAUCUCCAUCUCCAAGGCCGGCAUCGUCACCUCCCUGCAGGCCCGCUGCACCGUCAUUGCUGCCGCCAACCCCAUAGGUGGCCGCUACGACCCCUCGCUCACCUUUUCGGAGAACGUGGACCUCACGGAGCCCAUCAUUUCCCGCUUCGACGUCCUUUGUGUGGUGAGGGACACCGUGGACCCGGUCCAGGAUGAGAUGCUGGCCCGUUUCGUGGUCGGCAGCCACAUCAGACACCACCCCAGCAACAAGGAGGAUGGGGGCGUGGGGGGCGCCCUGGAGCCCCCCAUGCCCAACACAUAUGGCGUGGAGCCCCUGCCGCAGGAGGUCCUGAAGAAGUACAUCAUCUACGCCAAGGAGAAGGUCCACCCGAAGCUCAACCAGAUGGACCAGGACAAGGUGGCCAAGAUGUACAGUGACCUGAGGAAGGAAUCUAUGGCCACGGGCAGCAUCCCCAUCACGGUGCGUCACAUCGAAUCCAUGAUCCGCAUGGCUGAGGCCCACGCGCGCAUCCACCUGCGGGACUACGUGAUGGAGGAUGACGUCAACAUGGCCAUCCGCGUGAUGCUCGAGAGCUUCGUGGACACGCAGAAGUUCAGCGUCACGCGCAGCAUGCGGAAGACUUUUGCCCGCUACCUGUCGUUCCGCCGGGACAACAACGAGCUGCUGCUCUUCAUCCUGAAGCAGCUGGUGGCUGAGCAGGUGACGUAUCAGCGCAACCGCUUCGGGGCCCAGCAGGACACGAUUGAGGUGCCCGAGAAGGACUUGGUGGACAAGGCUCGUCAGAUCAACAUCCACAACCUGUCUGCCUUUUAUGACAGUGAGCUCUUCAGGAUGAACAAGUUCACGCACGACCUGAAACGCAAGAUGAUCCUUCAGCAGUUCUGAGCGUCCGCGGCGGCUCUGUGGUCCUGGUGGAAGGUCAGACCUGGUCCUGACCUCACCCUGCUUCAGGGACCCAAAACCAAGCUGUGCGGGGCUCCGAGUUGAGGGGCCGGGCUCGCGGUGCCGUGUGGCUCCAUCCCAUGUCUGGGGUGUUUAUUUCCUUGACUCGCUUCCUCUGCUCCCACCUCGGGGCGCUUGGCUUCCCAGAGCUGCGUUUUCAGCCCUCUGACAGCCACCCACCGCCUGCAGGAGGUGCGCCUGCCCUCCUUCUGGGGGUUGAAGUCGAAUGUGUUCGGGACCCCUGGGGCUGUUCUCGGGGACUGAGCACGUCAGGGUGUUCCCAGAACUGUUGGCCUCUUGGCGUGAGUUCCGUGUCCCGCUGCUUUUGCUGCCUGUGGUUGAAGAGCAAGUUGUCGGUGUUUGCGGCGUUUUUCUGAAUUGUGUUCUGCAGCCUCCUCUAGGCCCCCGUGAGUAGAGGCAGCGUGUGGGUCCUGCACAGAUGGGACCCGAGCCUGUCGGCGCAGCCUUGCGUCCUCUGACGGCCCUGCAGCCGCGGCCCCCGCCAGUGGGAGGAGCGGGUGCGGGUCAGAUGGUGAGGGUCGUCGGAGCCGGGCCUCCCCCUCACCGUUGCCGUGUGGUCUGUUCUCCUACCUGGCCCUUUCCUCAUUCUCUCACUUGUACACCGAGUUCUUGUUUCUGUCGUUUUAGUUCUUAAUAAAAUGGAG